CUAAUUACUUAACUGGUUAAUUUGGUUUGACUGGUUAGGAGUGUCUGGAACCAAACCAAACCACCUAAACCAAACAAGCUAAAAACUUUAACCAAACCAAACCAAUUAUCCAAAUUAACCAAACCAAAUUAUCCAAAUAGUACCGGUUAAAACGGUUACCAUUGUAACCAAACCGUUUGAACACCCCUAGGUUUAACAACAUUCCUCCUUACCUUACCCCUUUACCUAAGAAAAGUGAAGAAGAUUGGUCUGUGGCCGUGAACAGGCCUUUUCCCUUGGUCCCACACGUUUCUGAAAUGCGAAAGCUGUAGAGCACAGUGGUGGCUUUUAAAAGUGAACCGGCCGGGGAAGACUUCGCUUCACUCGCAAUCCUAUGUCCGAUUCGCCGCACGGAACAUCCCCAUUGGUACUUGUUGCUUUCUCACAAUUCACAAACUGCCAUCCUCUCUCUUCUUCUUCUCCUUCUUUUUGGUCACAGCUGUAUAUUCUUCACCCUGUAUCUCCGCGCCCCGUCAUCACCCGCAAAACGCUGAAUCCAAGCCAACUGUUAUCGACAAUGCAAGCAAGUCUCCCCUUCCCCCUCCCUUCGCGUUUCCGUUACGCCUAACCAACCAAAAUCCACUUCCGUUCCUCUCUCUAUAUUCUUUACACCAAUAUUUACCUCUUUCUUGUUUUUAAGUUCACCGUAAACUGUAAAAAUUAUGAUAAUGGUAUCAUGAAAGGAAGGAUUAUGUUGAGUUGUAAAAUACUGGUAUAACGGCUAGUUUAGAUGUGAUUUGAUCGAUCCAUUUAUUGAAGACAAAAAGAAAAGGUUGUUUGAGCCGACGUGGCAAUCCCACAUGGCAUGAUCAACACCCACUUGAUUACCACAUGCGUUGAUGCACACAAUCGCCGCCGGCCCUCACCCUACGGUGGGGCCCAGCCAGCUAAGACCUGUGCCCGGCCCGGCCCGUGUCUAUGUCGCGACCAAGGUUGUCAAACUGAUUUAUGCCAGUGUGUCGGUUUAGCAAGUGUAAUGGUUCAAUCGGUGGUACAUACCGGUUUGUGCCGGUUCAUAUUAUAAAUAAUUUAUAAAUUCUCAUAUUUAAACACAACAUUUAAUGUCAAUAUUUAAAUAUUUGUACUUGAAUCCAACAAAUAACAUCAACAUUUAACUUUUUAACACAUAAAAUAAAUAUUAAAUUACUUUUUAUCGAUUAAAUUCACUAAGAUAAGAUCAUUUUAUUUGGAGAUUCGUAUAUCGAUCAUGCUGGUCAUAUCGGUGAUGUCAUGCCAAUUUUAUGACCGGUACAGGUUGAACCACGUUGAACCAGUGGCACGCCGGCCGGCGUGACAACCAUAGUCGCGGCCAACAUUACAGAGAAGAAGCGGCGAGGCCUUCCCGUUGGAGCCUUCCUCUCUCUCUCUUCUUUUGAUUCCCCAAACAGCCAAAUCCACCGCUAAACCAAACCCGAGUGGGCCAUCCAUCGAACGGCUGUACUGCGGGUUCCUUUUUUUCCUCCUCUCCCAAAUCAACGGUCUAGAUCGAUCAGACAUCUGUCCGUUGCAAAUGAUUUUCUCCCCUCCUAUAAAUUACACUCUCCAGUCUCCACCUUCACCCUCCCACACUCAACCAUCUUCUUCACUCCUAUCUCUUAUCUCGAUUCCUGCUCUCUAAUUUCCUACUCUCUCUCUCUCUCGAGAAAAACAGAAAAUGGAGGGCAAGAAGAGUAUGCUCGUUCUCGCAUUGGUGUGCGUAGUCGUCGCCGGUGUCGGUGGCCAAGCCCCGGCAGCCGCACCGACAACUACUCCACCAGCCACUCCCGCUGCUCCCGCCACCGCCCCCGCCGCUAGCAGCCCUAAAUCACCAGCUCCCGUAUCCUCUCCACCGGCCGCCACCCCAACCGCAGCACCGGUCGCUACUCCGCCGGCAGCAGCGGUGACUCCAGUCAGCUCCCCUCCACCUGCUGCCGUUCCCGUCAGCUCUCCGCCGCCCGCAGCAGCUACCGCUCCUCCUACACCUGCUCCCGUCGCCGCUACUACGCCUACCGCCUCUCCUCCCGCCGCCGACGUCCCCGCGCCGGCUCCCAGCAAGAAGUCCAAGAAGAAGAGCGGAUCUCCGGCUCCCUCACCUUCAUUGUCCAGCCCUCCCGCUCCUCCUGUCGGGGCUCCCGGACCUAGCGCCGCCGAAGCCAACGCCCCUGGCCCUGUCGUUGCCGAUGAGAGUGGAGCAGAGAGCAUGAGGAGUGUGCAGAAGAUGAUGGUCGCCGGUGGAAUGGCCGCACUGGUUGCUAUGGCUGUUGCAUUUUAGAGCGGAGCCGAUCGAGUUUGUUUUGGUUCAAAAUAUUUCAUUCAAUUUGUUUUUUAAUCUGUGGUCAACUCUAAUCUAAUCCUCUUUUCACGGAGGAUUUGGUUUACCCACCCCGUCUCAAAGUCAAAAUUCGUUCCGGACAUUUUUUUCACUCUGUUGGCAUAUUUCAAUCUCCCCCCACCAUUUCUUUUGAGAGACAGGCAGAGCUUUUUGAUUUUGAGUCGGGUAUGGUAAACUGGUUGUAUUUACGUAGCUUUAUUAUUUCUUUUCUUUGUGGUCACGAUUCCUUUGUACCAUUGUAAUUUGGACGCCUAUUUAUGUAUACAUAUUUCUUUUCUUAUGCUCACCGAUUUCUGUUUUUAUAAGGUUACAUACAUAAUAUGCCCUUUCAAUAAAUUAUUAGGAAUUUCCUAUGAGAACUUGAAGUAAGGUACUUGCUAUAUCAGGUUUCACAGGUCGCAUUACGUAAAAUACAAUAGUCAUUAUGUAAUGGUUAGGUAACAUAUGGUUAUCUUACGUAAUAUUUGUAAAAGAUCAUUACGGAAGCCUUACGUAAUAGAAUGUGGCUUUACGUAAUGAGUAUUAACCUCGCGUUACGUAAAAUGCUAAGCCAUUACGAAAGUCUUACGUAACACUACUUAUUUAACAGUUACGUAAGAAAUAACUGUCGUUCCAUAACCUUUACGUAAUGAGUAUUAACCUCGCGUUACGUAAAGUGCUAAGUCAUUACGGAAGUCUUACGUAACGCUUCCGAUUUAAUUGUUACGUAAGAAAUACCUAUCGUUUCGUAACUUUUACGUAAUGAAUGUGUAUUUUACGUAACAGUUGUAAAUUGUCAUUACGGAAGCCUUACCUAAUGGAAGGUCUCUUUACGUAAUGAGUAUUAAUGCGUGUUACGUAAAAAGCUAAGUCAUUACAGAAGGUUUACGUAACGCUUCCGAUUUCACUGUUAUGUAAGAAAUAACUAUCAUUCUGUAACAUUUGCGUAAUGGAAGGUCUCUUUACGUAAUUAGUAUUAAUCUCACGUUACGUAAAAUGGUUAGUUAUUACGGAAGUUUUACGUAACGCUUCUAGUUUAGUAAGAAUUAAAAUAAGGAAAAACAAAUAAAUGUGAAAAAGGAAAGAAAAAAACAAUACAGGUAACUCACAAGGGUGACCGACAACCCUUGUUGCCAAUGUUUUUUUUACUUAUUUUUCUAUUUUUUAUAUUUUUAAUCAAUGAUUUAAAAUAAG